AUGCUGCGCCGUGUCCUUAGCGUGCCCGCGCCCUUCGCCGCCCGGUGCAUAUCCUCGACGCCGAUCGCCUAUGGCAUCGUCAAGCAGGAGGGCGUGCCCAACAAGCAGAACAUGGCCAAGCGCGCGAUGCCCGAGAAGCUCGACGGCACGAUCGACCAGUUCUUCCCGACCAUGUCGGUCCUCGACGGCAAGCCCGUGAAGCGUGUCGCGCCUGUCGUGGGCGGCGACUGGAAGGCGUGGAUGCUCCGCAACAAGUCGACGGAGGAUCUGCACAAGCUGUGGUACGUCUUGCUCAAGGAGCGCAACGCGCUCUUGACCGAGCAGGCCGAGUGCAGCUCGCGCAACCUCGCGUUCCCGAACCCGUUCCGCAAGUCCAAGGUGCGCAAGUCCAUGGCGCGCAUCAAGCUCGUCUUGCACGAACGCAGCCUCAUCCACCAGGCCAACCUGGCCGCGAAGCAAGAAUAG